AGCCGAUCCCGAGGGAGGAGCAGAGCGUUGCCUGGAGACAUCGUUCAGCCUUUCCCCACCCUCGUCUCCUUCCCCAGACUUUCAUCUGGGCAAGGCUGGAAACUUCUCCCUGAGCAAACACACAGAGGAUUCACCCCAAGAGACAGGUUGAUCCUGCAGAGAUGGAUCCAACCCCCGAUCUGUAUGGGACCCCUGGGGACAAGCUGGACCACUUCCUGGAGCACAGCCUUCAGCCCCAGAGGGACUGGAAAGAGGAAGGGCAGGACGCCUGGGAGAGAAUCGAGGGGUUCCUUCGGGACCAAUGCUUCCGUGAUGAGCUGUUUCUGGACCAAGAAGUCAAGGUGCUUAAGGUGGUGAAGGGAGGCUCCUCAGGAAAGGGGACAAUGCUGAACCACAGAUCUGACCAGGACAUAGUUCUGUUCCUGAGCUGCUUCUCCAGUUUCCAACAUCAGGCGAGACACCGAGAAUUCAUCAUCGACUUCAUUGAGGACAAGCUCCUUCACUGCAGGAGGAGCCUGGCGUACAACAUCACUGUGGUUAAACACAGAGAGGGGAAUCGGACCCCUCGCUCCCUGACCUUAAAUGUCCAGCCCAGGAAGAGUGACUGCAUUAUUCGGAUGGACGUUCUCCCGGCUUAUGACGCUUUGGGACCCUUUUCCCGAGACAUGAAGCCAGCACCGGAAAUCUAUGAAAAUCUAAUAAAGAGUCAAGGCUACCCUGGAGAGUUCUCUCCAAGCUUCACAGAGCUGCAGAGGCAUUUUGUGAAAAGCCGCCCAGUGAAACUGAAGAACCUCCUUCGGCUGGUGAAGUUCUGGUACCUGCAGUACCUGAGAAGUAAAUAUAGAAGAGCAGCAUUACCCCCAAAAUAUUCGCUGGAGCUUCUCACCAUCUACGCCUGGGAAACGGGUACAGAGAGCAGUGAAAACUUCAAUUUGGAUGAAGGGUUUGUAGCCGUGAUGGAGCUCCUCAGAGACUACCAAGACAUCUGCGUAUACUGGACCAAGUACUACAAUUUCCAAAACGAGGUCGUGGGAAACUUUCUCAAACAACAGCUGAAAAGGGACCGGCCCAUCAUCCUAGACCCCGCGGACCCCACCAACAACUUAGGAAGUAAAAGCGGCUGGGACCUGGUGGCCAAAGAAGCUUCUAUCUGCCUGCAACAGGCCUGUUGCUGGACUGAAGACCACAGCGGGGGCUGGGAUGUACCGCGAGCAAGGGACGUUCAGGUGAUGGUGAAACAGACGGGAAGAGAAACAUGGAGCCUCUGGGCAGACCCCUACAGCCCCAUCAGGAAGAUGAAGGCAGAGAUCAAGAGAAAAAACGACAUCUUCGGGGAUCUACGCAUCUCCUUCCAGGAGCCUCAAGGAGAUAGGCAACUGCUCAGUAGCCAGAAGACCCUAUCAGAAUACGGAAUAUUCUCUAAGGUGACCGUCCGGGUGCUGGAGACCUUUCCUCCUGAGAUGCAGGUCUUUGUGAAGGAUUCCAGUGGCCAGAGCAAGCCUUACGCCAUUGACCCUGAUGCUACCAUCUAUGACCUGAAGAUGAAAAUUGAAGCUGCUGUAGGGCUUUAUACAGAGGAUCAGGUACUGAUGUUGGAGGAUGAGGAGCUGGAAGAUAAUUACAGCCUUGCAGAGCUACAGAUCAGAGACUGUGACACCAUCCAGCUCAGAAGGGUGAGCUAGUCCGAGUCCAGCUGUGCAUGGUGUCAACACCUGUGGUCUUAUGCCUCCCCACCUCAUCCUUUUACCCAGGUGUUGUGUUCUUUCUGUAGCCUAAAUAUCAACAUAUCCUUCUCUUGCUUAAAACCCUCCUGUGUUUCCCCAUACAUACAGAAUGAAGUUCAAGUCUCUUUGCUUAAUAGCCAGUCUUUAAUAUCAUCAAGCUGAGCCCUUGUAGCUAGAGUUUUCCUGCCUGGCCCACAGUCAGGACAAGUCUCUCUCACCUGCCAGUCCCACAGCCGCUCAGACCCGACCAAGUAAACACAGAGACUUAUAUUGGUUACAAACUGUAUGGCCGUGGCAGGCUUCUUGCUAACUGUUCUUACAGCUUAAAUUAAUCCAUUUCUAUAAAUCUAUACCUUGCCACAUGGCUCGUUGCUUACCGGCAUCUUCACAUGCUGUUUCUCAUCGUGGCGGCUGGCAGUGUCUCUCUGACUCAGCCUUCUACUUCCCACCUUUAUUCUCCUCCUUGUCCCACCUACACUUCCUGCCUAGCCACUGGCCAAUCAGUGAUUUAUUUACUAACCAAACAGCAACACACUUGACAUACAGACCAUCCCACAGCAAGCCCUACUUCCUUCUCCUUCCCGACUCAAAACACACGGGUCUCCUGAAUACUCAAAACUCACACCGAUGCUGAGUCACGCCUCCAUCACUUUGAGUCAGCUAUCCUUUCUCCCUGACCCAUGUUUUCAUCUUUCAAGAUUCAGACUUGUAAGUCACUGAAUCUCAAAGUACAGACCUCAGAUUGACAGACUUGCCGUCACUCCAGGAGCCCGUUAGAAAGGAAUAUUAAUCCGAGCCAGAUAAUCCACUGAGAAUCAGUAUUCAGUGUCAUAACAAACCCUCCAAGUUAUUCUGAUGCACGCUCAAGUUUGAAAACGACUACUAUACAGCCCAUGCAGCUGUCCAAGUCAUCUUAUGCUCAUAUUCUCUCUCUUCGUCCACAGUAGACUUCUGUGAAAGGAAGUGGGAUAUUAAUCA